UCCUUGUCACUGUCUUCUCUUUUUGAUUUCUAUAAAUCAUCAAAAUCCUUCCCAAAAAAAAAAAACAACAACUCCUUUGGUUUAGAGUUUUGGCUGAAAUUUUGCAUGAAAGUGAUAAAACCGUUCACGUGCUCUCUCAUUUCUUUCUUCCCUUACUUCCUUGAGAAAAUAUAAUAAUACUAAAGAGCAGUCGACGCCAUUUUCAAUCUCAAUCCCCUUCAGUUUUCUAGAGAAAAUUAAAGCCCCCACCACCCUGAAAAGAAAAAAAAAAAAAGGAAAAAUCCCGUGAUGAAUUUUAUUUUCAAAACAAAAUAAAACCAAAAGGCCAGAAGCAGAGAGACAAAAAGAGAGUUUGAAAGAAAGAAAAGAUUCAUCGAAAGCGCAAAAAAAGCACUGAAUCAAAGGCGGCCUAGAACCAGCAAGCAUCGACCCAGUCUCUCUGUCUCUUCUAUUUCCUUCUUAACUCUCUCUCUCUCCCUCUCCCUCUCUCUCUUUGCCCCGCUUGAAUCUGGUACUUAUUUUUCUGUCUUUGUUUUUUGAAUCUUUAUUUUUUUAGCACUGUUUGUUGCUUUUAGAAAAGACCCUUUCAUAUAAUAAAAGGUUUAUUGCUGUUUCUUAGAGCUAGUAUGUGAAAAUUCUAGUAUAUUUUAAGGAAAGAAAUAAAAACCCUAGCUUUAUCUCUUCUACACUUGAUUCACACCACCUUUAAGCUGAUAUCCCAUUUUAGCUGAACCUUGUAUUAUAGAUUAUGGCAUUUGAUCAAAACUCAAUACCAAAAGAUCUAAGACCAUUGAAUAUAGCCAGCACUGUAGCUGAAGACCCUCGCAUUGCGGCUGCGGUGGCAACUGCUAGUAAUGCCAGUGGUAGAAACAUUGAAGGGUUUUUUCCCAACCCGUCUCGGGAGCCUGGGAGUCCUGGUUCUAUGCCUGUUUUUUAUCCGGCAACAGUGCCUGAUGCCGGUUUUGUAGGUUUAGGGUAUGGGAAUGCGAUGCCCUUGGCACCGGGCCUUCCUGCAUGGAGGCCUCACAUGCCGGUGCCGAUGGGGCAUCCAAGUAUGAACCCGGUUGUUGGGUUUGGUUAUAAUCCCAAUUUAAGAAAUAUGGUGGUUGCUAAUGCCAUGGGUCAGGUUAGUAGUGAUUUGGUAGCUGGGCAUGGUUAUAGUUCUAGUUUGGACAAUAGUAGUAGUGGGAAUGGGAGUGAUCAGGUGAGUAAUGAUAUGGUGCCAACAGGUUUUGGACAUGGUUCCAAUAUAGAAAACCGGGAUAGUGGCGAUGAGAGUGAUCAGUCGAGUAAUAAAUUAUUAGGUGGGCUUGGUUAUAACCCAAAUUCAGGACUUACGAGUAAUGGCAGUAGGGCUGAUCAGGUGAGUGACGAGGGUGGGGAUGAUUUGGUGUCAGGGAAAAAGGUUAAGUUUUUGUGUAGUUUUGGGGGGAAGAUAUUGCCUAGACCUAGUGAUGGGAUGUUGAGAUAUGUUGGGGGGCAGACAAGGAUUAUUAGUCUUAGGAGAGAUGUGAGCUUUAAUGAGUUUGUGCAAAAAAUGGUGGAUACUUAUGGGCAACAUGUGGUUAUUAAGUACCAGCUUCCUGACGAGGAUCUUGAUGCAUUGGUGUCCAUUUUAUGCUCGGAUGAUCUUGAUAACAUGAUGGAUGAGUAUGAGAAAGUGGUUGAAAGGUCUUCAGAUGGGUCUGCUAAAUUAAGGGUAUUUUUAUUUUCGGCUUCAGAACUUGAUUCUUUCAGUAUGGCUCAAUUUGGGGAUUUACAUGACAAUGGGCAGAAAUAUGUUGAGGCAGUGAAUGGAAUUAUGGAUGAAGGUGCUGGUGGCAUCAUGCGGAAGGAGAGCAUAGCAAGUGUGGCUUCAACACAGAAUUCUGAUUUUAGUGGGACUGAAGCUGUUGACAGCAUAGGUGCCGGUCAAGGGGACGUUAGUGGGCCUCCAUCAACAAAAAUGUUGUCACCUAGCGGGAAUUCAGCUACUUCUCAUGACACUGCUCCAAAAAUGAUGGCUGUGGAUCCUAAUCCUGCUGUUUACGCAGAUGCUUCUGCUGUUCAUUUAGGAAUUCCGGUGGUUAAGUCUGGUCCUCCGCAAACAUUGUCUUCUCAACCUGAGGUUGAAUUAGAGAGUACGGUGCCCCGUAUUACAACACAGCAGCAAUUAGGAUAUGAUUUGCAGCAACACUAUGCAUCUGCAUAUAUUGAUCCUCGCCAUGAAGUUAUGAACCAUACUGAUUAUGUGCAUUUUGCGCCUCAAAUGGGGUUCUCGAAUCCUAAGUUGGUGGGAAAUACUGGUUCUGUAUUCAGCCAACAGCAGUUUCAUGAUAAUGCUACCCCUCAUCAGUUCAUUCCUGCUUUGCACAUAACAAUGACUCCCUCGACUUCCCAUGUUGGUAUUAGACCUGCAGUGGUUCAGCCACUGUUGCAAACCCAAAACACUCCAUUAGAACAUUAUCCUGAUGAAAAAACAUUUGGAACGAGGGUGGUUCAGCUUCCUGCUGAUCAGAGCCACAAUGUUUAUCAGGCCCAGAUUCCAUCAGCAAUGGUUGGAAGAGGUUAUGGCUGUCAUCAUAUUCCACAAACUGAGCAUGUUGUUUUCUCGGAUGGAUCAUUGCCUCGGCACCAAGUAACAAUUCCUGAGAAGAUACCAAGGCUAGAGGACUGCUUUAUGUGUCAGAAGGCAUUGCCUCAUGCACAUUCUGAUCCUUUGGUACAGGACCAAAGAGAUAGUGGUGUAACACCUUUAGCGAAUACAAAUUCAAUUUAUCAUAGUCUGCAUCCAAACGAUGUUAAGUGGAUUUCAUCAUUAAACAGAGUGGUGGUGUCUGGACCAUUAGGGGAUGGCAUUGCUGGACAAGGAGCUGGGGUUCGACAGCUUGGUCACGUUGAUUAUCAUGUUGGAGGACUCCACUCAGAGGCAGUUGGAUUCUCUCAAGGUCUUGGUGCACAAAAUGAACAUGGAAGAAAUGCUUCCCCGAGAACAGAUAAUUCUGAUCAUCCUAGGAUUCCAGCAAGCCAUGGUUUGAUGGGUUUGGCAGGUGAGUUACAAUCACCAUAUGUUUUGCCAACUCAAUACCAGUUUAAACAGGAGGUUCAACAUGCUGGGGCAAUUGGCAUUCGAGCUUCAGAACAGCCAGUGCAUGAAGCCUCAAGAGACUAUCAUGGCAAGAUUCCUGCUGUUCCCAGAGAAGAUAUUGUAGACCAUAACCAUCAGAUCCCAAUUGAUGGGAUGAUGGAGACUCUUCGGAUAAGCAAUGAGCAGAGUAGUAAAACCAGAAAAGAAGAUAUCUUGGAUAAGAGAUCUCCACAAAUAGCAGGGAGAGAGGUGCUUUUGGAUAAUAUCUUUAGUAAACCAAUAGAUCCCAAUGAGAUGGUUAUUUUGGGUAAUGUAGUAACACAUGCACAACCAAAAGUUGGGGCCCAAAGUUUGGAUUCUGUUGAGGUUCGAUACGGUAACCCUUCAUUUUCUGGUGUUAAGUUAAGACAAAAAUUGCAUGAUGCUUCAUGGAUGCAGCAGAAGAUUGUACAAAAUGGCACUGAAGCUGCUUCUUUGAAUGCUAACACCCAAACUUCCCUUUCACCAUCCAAUCAAGGUGGAGAUGUUUUGGAUUCCUCCAAUUCAGUUUUUAGCAAUCAAGAUCCUUGGAAUUUACGGCAAGAUACUCACUUUCCCCCUCCUAAACCUAACAAAAUUCAAACAAAGAGAGAAGGAUUAGCUACCAGAGACCGUUUUGGAGAGAACCAAGCAGUAAUUAGUGGGGAAUCUCAUACCCAAUUGGAAGAUGAAGUUUACCAGCCAUUAAGCCAUUUAAACAAGAAUUUCAGUUCAGACCACACACAGUCCACAAAAGGCUCAGCCGUGGAACUCAUCAAGAAAGAACUACAAGCUGUUGCUGAGGGAGUAGCUGCUUCUAUUUUCGAGUCAUCUACCCCUUCCAAUCCUGACAUACCAGCAGAGAUCAACGCAUCUGGUUAUGAAGGCAAUCAAGACACAGAUGUUUCAACUAGUGACAUUGAAAUGCAGCAUAAAGCUCAAUUUGAGGAAAUCAAACAGCUAGAAAGAACAAAUUUUGGUUUUCGAGUUUCAGCUGGCAUUGGUCGCUUGCAGAUUAUAAAAAACAGUGACCUUGAAGAGCUCCGAGAGCUUGGUUCUGGCACCUUUGGUACUGUUUAUCAUGGGAAGUGGCGGGGUACCGAUGUUGCAAUUAAACGAAUCAAUGAUAGAUGUUUCGCCGGAAAACCUUCUGAACAAGAACGCUUGAUAGAUGAUUUCUGGAAUGAGGCGAUUAAGCUUGCUGACUUGCAUCAUCCCAAUGUUGUGGCAUUCUAUGGUAUUGCGCUCGAUGGUCCUGGUGGCUCUGUGGCAACAGUGACAGAGUAUAUGGUUAAUGGUUCUUUAAGAAAUGCUUUACAGAAGAAUGAGAGGAAUCUUGAUAAGCGUAAGCGACUUUUGAUUGCCAUGGAUGUGGCCUUUGGAAUGGAGUAUUUGCAUGGAAGGAAUAUAGUGCACUUUGAUUUGAAGAGUGACAAUUUACUUGUCAAUCUUCGAGAUCCUCACCGCCCAAUAUGCAAGGUUGGUGAUUUGGGCCUAUCCAAGGUGAAAUGUCAAACUCUGAUCUCAGGUGGCGUGCGUGGAACACUUCCAUGGAUGGCACCAGAACUUCUGAAUGGUAGCAGCAGUCUUGUCUCAGAGAAGGUUGAUGUGUUCUCAUUUGGUAUUGUGAUGUGGGAGCUUCUCACUGGAGAAGAACCAUAUAAGGACUUGCAUUAUGGGGCUAUUAUUGGUGGUAUUGUGAGUAAUACACUACGUCCCCCAGUUCCAGAAUCAUGUGACCCAGAAUGGAGAUCACUGAUGGAGAGAUGCUGGUCAUCAGAGCCAUCAGAGAGACCAAACUUCACAGAGAUCGCGAAUGAGUUACGCUUGAUGGCUGCAAAAAUUCCACCUAAAGGACAAAACCCACAGUAAAGCACAAAAGCAUCAGUUCCAAAAUGAAUUUGGACAAUCUGCUCACUGUUAGCAUCUCCUGUUUCCUUUGCAUGUUAGUUGUAGGAAUAGGUCGUAAAUGUGCUUGACAUGAAUGUACACAGGGAACCAAGUUUUUUUCUUUCUUUUU